AUAUCAGGUCACGGGAUACAUAUACUCACCGUUCACGUUCCACUGCAACGAGGAAAUACGCCCCCGUCGCGUACACAUAUUGUACCGCUGAAAGUUUUAUUUCGUGUGUUCACAUUUUGGUUUUAAAGAAAGAUGUCAAGGAAUCUGAAGAAGGGAAUCUUCUCUGAACUAUCAACGAAUGUAAAACCUAAAGACUCCGCUCUCCUUGAAGCCUGCAUGGCGGGGAACCUGGCAGCUGUAAAGCGUUUUGUAACAGCAGGUAAGGCGGAUCUCAACUGUAGAGACAGUUUCGGAAUUACACCGGUGCAGGCGGCAGCAUGGUAUAGACACAAAGAAGUAGUCGAGUUUCUUGUGAGUAAAGGAGCUGAUGUGUCUCUGGUGGACGGUGCCGGUAACACUAUCCUCCACUAUGCCUGUUGGGGAGGAGAUAGAGAGAUGGUGAGGUUUGUCCUCUCACAGAAUUUCGCGAACAUUAACGCCAAGAACAAGUCGGGAGAGACGGCAACCGACAGGGCGAGAUCCUGGGGAAAUGAUGAUGUGGUGGAUAUCAUGGUGUCCUGUCGCGCUCAAUGAAGUGAAUGUAGGGUGUUGUGCAGACAUUGAAGGAGGACAUGUUGUUACUGACAUUCACGGACUGUGUUCCUUUCACGUGGUCGUGUUUUGAUAUCUCAAGAUUAAAAUGAAAAUGUGUGUUGUGUUUGAAAGAAAUAAACCUUUUUAAAAAACA